AUGAGACAAGUCUGGAGCGUGUGUCUGAGAUGCGCGCUGUCUCGGAGUGAUCUGCCUGAGCGCCUCCCUCUGCCCCUAGAGGAGGACAGGUGUAGUGCGGCAAGCCCUCCUCCAUCUACAGCCGCAACAACUGUUUCACAAGCACAUCACCACAACAGCACUUCCAAAUCAGGUUUUGGGGUCGAGAUACUGGAUGUGAAAAAGUGGCGUAUACUGCGACAGAUGGAGCAGAUCCUGCUACUCCAACACAGAAAACUCCGAGCUCGCCUUGAUAUAGCCGCGCACGUGCUCAAGUCCCUUCAGCUGGUCCUCCCACAGUCCAGUAAACAUGGUCUCCCUGUGCAGGAACUUCAAUGCAGGGCGCUUUACUUUUUCCGAAAUCGUCUUCUGGCGUCUGCCCCACGUCCACGGCAGACUGUGGCUUUGUGUGGAGACUCCGACAGACGGGGUUUGAGUGGAACCCCCAGCAGGAAGUCCUCAGGGAGACGCUUAUGUUCUCCCAGUGCGGAGUUUGUGGCGCGUGUGAGUGGGACCACCAUGGCCAAGCUGCCCUUCCAGGAGACUGCAGAGGGGCUGGAUGCGGCCUUUGUAGGGGUCCCUAUCGACACCGGGACCUCCAACCGACCUGGAGCCAGGUUCGGUCCCAGACAGAUCAGAGUGGAGUCAGCCUUGUUGAGGGCGUACAACAGCGGCACCAGGGCGGCACCUUUUGAGUCCAUUAUGGUGGCUGAUAUCGGGGAUGUGAAUGUGAAUGUGUAUGACCUGAAGGAUACGUGCAAACGCAUCAGGGAGGCCUACCGAAAGAUCCUGGCUACUGGCUGUAUCCCUCUGACAAUGGGUGGCGAUCACACAAUAGCAUACCCAAUCCUUCAAGCUGUUGCUGAGAAGUAUGGCCCAGUGGGUCUGGUCCACGUUGAUGCUCACGCUGACACCAGUGAUGUGGUCUUGGGGGAAAGGAUUGGCCAUGGGACCCCAUUCAGACGGUGCGUUGAGGAGGGACUGCUGGACUGUAAGAGGGUGGUGCAGAUUGGACUGCGUGGUACAGGUUACUCUGCAGACUCCUAUGAAUGGAGCAGAGCCCAGGGUUUCCGUGUGGUCCAAGUGGAAGAGUGUUGGUUCAAGUCUCUUGCACCUCUGAUGGCUGAGGUCAGGACUCAAAUGGGCAACGGUCCAGUGUACCUCAGUUUCGAUAUCGACGCUCUGGACCCGGGCUUUGCUCCUGGAACCGGUACGCCAGAGAUAGCAGGGCUGACUCCCAUCCAGGGAGUUGAGAUUAUCCGAGGCUGCCGUGGUCUAAACCUAGUGGGAUGCGAUCUCGUGGAGGUCUCCCCUCCUUAUGACACCACAGGGAACACUGCGCUGACUGGUGCUAACCUCCUUUUUGAAAUGCUGUGUGUCCUUCCUAAAGUUAAACACUACUGAUCAAUAUUGUACGUAGACGUCACAAAACAACAGGCACUUUAACAAUGAAUAAAGAUGCCUGAAAGUUGCAUAAUCAGGACAAGGAGAUGAUGGUGGAAAGGAAUACAACAAGAGGAUAAAUGCACUUUUGAAUGAAGUUAAAACAGUAGAAGAGGCUAAAUCUUAAAAUGUAUUCUUUAUCAAACAAAAUGCAGUGUUUUAUUCACUCAUGGAAGCUGUUUAAAUGUAUUGAUCUGGUCCUUGUCAUGUCAUCAAUCUAGUGAUAGCUUUAUUUACAGAACUGUGCAGUACUUGUGUUGUUUUUGCACAGUUGGGAUGAGCAUAAUAUCUAUUUCUCAGUCUCUUUAUUAAAAUGCAACAAAAAAUAGAGCAUUAAAAACUCACAAAAAAUAUGAAGUACAUAGCUUCUAUAAGAAACAGUAUUAAGAGUGAAGCAGUGAAAAAAACAUUGGACAUGUGUUGAAUGAAACCUGGUGUAAAAAACUAGAUUAGUUCAGUAAAUCUUAUCUUGUUUUUAAUGCUCUUCAUUGUUUCAGUUGCAUGUUGUUACAGAGACUGAGAAGUGUGCACCUACAUUAUAAUAUAUCAUUAUGCUCAUACUAAAAGUAAAAACCUACUUGUGGCUUCUUUUGCACAGCGCUUUAUGUACAAUAUUAUGUGUAAUAUUUACAUUGAAAAAUACCAUGAAGUUAUUUUUGUAAUUCAUGUUGAAAGAAAAAAAAUGAAUAAAUUGAGCAAACAGACAAAUAGAAUACCUUUCUUAUGUCUGUCGGGAAUUUCUCUCUUUUCUUUCUUCUGUAUAUAAAUACAAAAAGAAGGAAUUUGGUGAAUACCAUAAUUAUUAUAUUUGUUUCAGUUUUAAGUAGAGGGGAGUUCCGAUGACUGAAUAAACCAGACCUUUAUUUAUGAACGCUAUAGAAUAAUUAUCUCACUCAGAACAUCCUUAAGACUAAACUGAAAUGAAUCAUCAGUAUAAUUAUAAAUAUAAGCACUCAUGUAUUAGUUUCAGACCUUGGAAGUGAAUGGAUAUCAGUGUUGUUUAUACAUGGGAUUGUGGUUUCCUGUUUAGUGGGUGAGUGUGAACAUGUUAAAGCUGUAUUAUAUAACACAAUGUGACACUGGUGGACAGUGAACUAAAACAAAUUUACCUUUUGUUUUCUGAUUUUACUGUCUUUGGACUAAUCACAGCAGUGAUGUAAACAUGAAAUUGUUUGAUAAGAGACAUUGAAACAAAUCUUUCCUUCAGAAACUGGGUAGCCUAUAAUUUCACAUACCCAACUGCAGUAUAUACUGUGUAUUUUACACCACAGACUCUAAAAUUUGUAAAUGUUAGACCAGACAGGUUAAUAUUUAAUGGAAAUGAGAGGACCUGUCUGUUGAAGGACUGAU